GAUUAUCUUUGUGUAAAGGUGGUUGUCGAAGUUGCAGGCGAGUUCACGAGAAGAAGAGCUGUGGCGGAUUAUAGGUUACGAACCAGGGACGGACACGGGGAGACGGAACCGUGAGUGUUGGACAAACUUAAGAAGAGUAAAGCUAGUUCGACUCGGUGGGGAAGUUUACUGGAAUUUAAGUUCAGCGGGUUCCCGGAUUCCCGAAGAGAAGAGACGUUCAGUUCCUCUCCCGAGCCAUGGUGAUAAAUACUUCCUUCUUGUGCUGAGCUGCCUUGUGGACAGUUGGAGGCAUCAUGGCGCAUUUGCCUAUUGCCCCGGGGCAGGUGUAUGUUGAGGUGGAGUACGGCUAUGAGUACAAGGCAAAGGACCGCCUCAUUACAAUCAAGGAGGGGGAAUGCUUCAUGCUAAUUAAAAAAACGAAUCUGGACUGGUGGCAGGUGAAGAAAGAUGAAGCAUCUAAACCUUUUUAUGUACCGGCUCAGUACGUCCGUGAAGUCCGUAAAGCCCUCAUGCCACCUUCUAAUCCUCUCGUACAUUUAUCAUCUUCUAAUGAAAACUCACUUCCAAAAGGUGGUGCUUCACACUUGAAGAAGCCAACCAAUCUGGACCUUGGAAAUCACGAUAAGCCUGCUGAAAACAUUCAUAGACAUGACUCCAAACUACGACUCUCUCCUUCUGCACAAUCCUGUUCAAGCAACUUCAGUCCCCCUGUUCACCAUAAAAACUAUGGUCACCUUCCUCUCUCCCCCACCGAGCAAGAGCGAGCUCAUCCUGAGAUGUUUGUGCAUGGUGAAGGCCCCCACUCAGCCCAAAAAGGCUCUUCCAGCACGCUGCCUUGCACUCGAGCUUAUUCACUGGAAUCAGGAAAGCCUCUGAAUGUGGACAACUUCCAUCAGUAUGAUUCUGGAGAAGAAGAGAGGCACACCAACGGCUCGGAGUCAGGAGACGAACUCAGUAGCUCUUCAACAGAACUUCUCCAGACGGUAUUGCCAGGCCACGGCCGCUCCGAGUCUCCUGUCUACACCAACCUCAAAGAGCUGAAAGGCACCCAGACCAACCUGCCACCUCUGCCCUCUGGCUCUCCCCUCCACGUCAUCGGAGACUGGGAGACCCACAAAGACCACAGCGGCAGACACUACUACUACAACCACUCCACCAACGAGAGAACCUGGAAGCCACCAAGAAGCAGAGAGACCAGUAUUGGACAUUCCCGGGAAGAGAGACACAGCACAGGGGACAGCAACGAGACCACUCCUCUCUCGCUCUCGCCAACUUUCCUUCCCUUCCUGUCGCUGUCCAACGGUCGAGCCCAGCCUCUGUCUUCAGAGGACACCAGCUUCAGUACCUACUCUAGCCGUUCAGACAGCCAGUAUGGUUCUCCACUGCGGGGCUGGUCUGAGGAGAUGGACGAACACGGCCACACGCUGUACAUCAGCGACUAUACAAAUGAGAAGUGGUUAAAACAUGUUGAUGACCAGGGGCGGUCCUAUUACUACAGCGCUGACGGCUCCAGGUCAGAAUGGGAGCUGCCAAAGUAUAAACACUCCCCACCUCAGCUAUCUGGGAACGUCUCAAAGACUCAAAGCCUGGACCGUAAGAUCGCGGAGCCCAUCGUUUUAACAAAGUGGAGACACAGCGCCUACAUCCAGGAGCCAAGCGAAAAGGAUGCUCCUCUGUCCCCAAAGCCCCCUUCUCCUGCCUCUGACUCGUGCUGUUCGUCUCCAAAGCCCCCCGCCUCUCCGUCUGAGAAGUGUGGCGUUCUGAAUGUGACUAAGAUCACUGAAAACGGCAAGAAAGUACGGAAGAACUGGACUUCCUCGUGGACGGUCCUCCAGGGUUCAGUUCUGCUGUUUGCUAAAGGACAAGGAGGCGGAGCCAGCUGGUUUGGAGGAGGUCAGUCUAAGCCAGAGUUUACUGUGGAUCUAAGAGGCGGCUCGGCCGAUUGGGCCUCCAAAGACAAGUCGAGCAAGAAGCACGUUUUAGAGGUGAAGACUCGUCAGGGCACGGAGCUGCUCAUCCAGUCCGAUAACGACGGUCUGGUCAGCGACUGGUUGAAAGCGCUGCAGGAAGCCAUCAACACACAUCCGGUUACCUCUGACGACAGCAGGUCAGACAGCGAAGAGGAGAAGCCCGCUGUGGAGAAACAGGACAAGGAGAAAGACCUGACAGCCUCAAAGAAAGUCAAAACCCUGAAGCCGACGACCAGCGUGGAGACGUCCGACAACAAAAAAGCCAAAAAACGUCUGAAACACUUCCUCACCCGCCGUCCGACGCUGCAGGCCGUCAAAGACAAGGGCUACAUUAAAGAUCAGGUGUUUGGCUCCAGUCUGUCCAGUUUGUGUCAGCAGGAGAACACCACGGUGCCGCUCUUUGUGAAAAUGUGCAUCGACCACGUGGAGAACAGCAAUUUGUCUAUGGACGGUUUAUAUAGAGUUAACGGGAAUCUGGCUAUCAUACAAAAACUACGCUUUGCUGUUAAUCAUGAUGAGAAGGUGAACCUUGCAGACGCGAAGUGGGAGGACAUCCAUGUGACCACCGGAGCAUUAAAGAUGUUCUUCAGAGAGCUGCCAGAGCCGCUCUUCACCUACCCGCUGUUCAACGACUUCGUCAGCGCCAUCAAGAUACCGGACUACAAGCAGCGACUGCAGUCGAUCAGAGAGCUGGUCAGGCAGCUGCCCAAACCCAACCACGACACCUUGCAGGCUCUCUUCAAACAUCUUAAGAAGGUGAUCGAGCACGGUGAGGAGAACCGUAUGACCACCCAGAGCGUGGCCAUCGUGUUCGGUCCCACGCUACUGAGGCCUGAAACCGAGACGCUCAACGUGGCCUUCAACAUGGUUUAUCAGAACCAGAUAGUGGAGUUUAUUCUGCUGGAGUAUGAGAAUAUCUUUGGCCGGUAGACUCAGAAAUGAUCCACGCGUUUUUUUUUUUUUUUUUUUUUAUCAACACAAUCAGAGCUUUUCCUGAUCCACCGCAGCUCUGCAGAACAACCAGUCCUGACUCUGCGUCUCAAACCAACUCAGCUCUGCUGGUUCCUUUACUACUUCAACAUCUGGAUCAAAUAUCUUAUGAACUUCCAACAUAAACACUCCUUCAUAAACAUCGACUCUUUGCACUUUUCAGUUUCUGGUUUUCAUCCUGCAGCUGCGUUUGUGCCACUUUACUGCGUUCUUCCCGUCCCGACACUGGAUCCUUACAUAGAUGUGGACCGGGCCGCUGCUGCUCAGAAUAAUGGUGCAGCUGGAGAACCAGCCGGAGCUGACUGUAUUACAGUUGAGGCGUCAGUAUUGCUGAGCAGUCUUAUAGUCACAAACCUGGGAGAACCGCCUAAAUCUAACCGCUGAACGGCGUUCAGGUGUUCAUUAAGGUCACGCUCGAACAAGGUACGGGGACUACGACAGGGUUUUGCCUCUUUGCUGUUUUAUUUUAAAUGUUUCUGUAAUUUUCCCUCCAAAUCUGUUUUCUAAGAAACAAGCUGGAGGUUUCCUGAACACGUAAGACUUUAUCACCUCUCUGUAUUAAAUCUGCACACCACCUUCUCCUGGCAUGGCUGUGACGAGUAAGAGCAGCACUCGUGUGCAUCUUCACCAGUAACGGAUACUAAAACACGUCAGCGAUCAGCCUCUGCUCAUAAAUCUGUACAGUGUGUGUGAAUGGAUGGAUGGAUUUAGUGAUAUAUUCUACAAAUAGUAAAAAAACGAAUACCUUGAGUGUUAAAAAUGUGAUGCGUUGAGUGAGUCGUGUGUGAGUGAGUGACAGACGGGAUUGAAACUGUAAACUGGAGAUGUGGAGUUUACAUGUGAGUCAGGUACUGUUGGAUUAGUAAACUGGAAUAAAUACCUUUAAUGAGAAAAACACAAA